CUCUUUACAAUAGAAAGCCUUCCUUUGGGUGCCACAUUUGCUCCUUGCCCCCCACCACCCCUCCUCCUCUGGCAGGCUGCAACGCCGAUUCCCGGAGCCUGCUCUCUCCUUCAGCAAGAUGCUCGGUCGGAAAUAUCGCGCUUCCCCCCCCACCUGCUCGGUUUGGAUGGUACAGUCUGUAGUGGGAUUCCAGUAAUGAAGCUCAGUUGAUCAGUCUCUUACAGAUGCUGAACGGUGAUUGCUCCGCUGUGUAAUUUUGGAUUUGUGAUAUCUUAGACAAGUCUGAAAAAAGAAAUGACCAUGUAGAUGCCAACUGCCCAAAUACAGCAUAAUGGGAAAGAGUGAAUGGAGUGGAAUUGGACUGCAAUCUUGAAAACAGCCAUCUUGUGGACUAUCACCUGGUGGGAGACAUUUCUAUCACUCAUUGCUUACUCUGUUCAUGUUACUGUUCACAUAAAGUGGAUUUGUUCUUAGGCUGGAACUUGAGUUUUUACCCUUACAAAUUUUUAAUUUGUACAUAGCACACUGAACAGAGCAAUAUUAUCAGCAAUGGGUGACAUGACAAACAGCGAUUUUUAUUCAAAGAACCAAAGAAAUGAGGCCAAUCAUGCAGGAGAAUUUGGGUGUACGCUUCAGGAUCUCCGUUCUCUUAUGGAACUUCGAGGAACAGAAGGAGUGGUUAAAAUUAAAGAGACGUAUGGGGACACGGAAGGCCUCUGUAGACACUUGAAGACUUCGCCAACAGAAGGAUUACCUGGUACUACUGCUGACCUAGAUAAAAGAAGGCUAAUUUUUGGGCAAAACCUUAUACCUCCAAAGAAGCCAAAAACUUUCAUACAGUUAGUCUGGGAAGCAUUGCAGGAUGUGACUCUCAUCAUCUUGGAAAUCGCAGCCAUCAUAUCUCUUGGGCUCUCAUUUUAUCAUCCACCUGGAGAAGGAAAUGAAGAGUGUGCUACUGCCGCAGGAGGAGCUGAAGAGGAAGGUGAGGCAGAAGCUGGUUGGAUUGAAGGAGCUGCCAUUCUGCUCUCUGUUAUAUGUGUGGUGCUGGUUACAGCCUUUAAUGAUUGGAGCAAAGAGAAGCAGUUCCGUGGACUUCAGAGUCGUAUUGAACAAGAACAAAAGUUUACUGUAGUCCGAGGUGGACAAGUAAUUCAGAUUCCAGUUGCAGAGAUUGUAGUUGGUGACAUUGCACAAGUCAAAUAUGGUGACCUACUACCUGCUGAUGGAGUGUUUAUUCAAGGAAAUGAUCUUAAGAUUGAUGAAAGCUCUUUAACUGGAGAAUCAGAUCAAGUCCGCAAAUCCGUUGACAAAGAUCCAAUGCUGCUUUCAGGUACCCAUGUCAUGGAAGGCUCAGGAAGAAUGGUGGUUACUGCAGUGGGAGUUAAUUCUCAAACAGGGAUCAUCUUUACUCUACUAGGUGCGGGAGAGGAAGAGGAAAAAAAAGAUAAAAAAGUAGAUUCUUCCCAUUCCUCCUUCCAUCCUCCUUCAACUACAGAUGGGGCAGCAAGUGCAAUUACCACUGAUAAUGCAAAUACCAGCUUAGUCAAUGGCAAAAUGCAGGAUGGGAAUAUGGAAAACAGCCAGAAUAAAGCCAAACAGCAGGAUGGGGCAGCUGCUAUGGAGAUGCAGCCACUCAAGAGUGCUGAAGGUGGAGACGGAGAUGAUAAAGACAAGAGGAAAGCCAACAUGCCUAAGAAAGAGAAAUCUGUGCUCCAAGGGAAGCUAACUAAAUUGGCUGUCCAAAUAGGCAAAGCAGGUUUGGUAAUGUCAGCAAUCACUGUCAUCAUUUUAGUACUAUACUUUACUAUUGAAAACUUUGUUGUCAAGAAGAAGCCAUGGCUGCCUGAAUGCACACCUAUAUAUGUUCAGUAUUUUGUCAAGUUCUUCAUUAUUGGUGUGACUGUGCUUGUAGUUGCUGUUCCAGAAGGACUUCCACUGGCAGUUACCAUAUCCCUUGCUUAUUCUGUAAAAAAAAUGAUGAAAGAUAACAACCUGGUCCGUCACUUAGAUGCAUGCGAGACUAUGGGAAAUGCUACAGCCAUCUGCUCUGAUAAAACAGGGACAUUAACAACUAACCGAAUGACAGUAGUACAAGCCUUUAUUGGAGAUGUCUAUUACAAAGAGAUCCCUGAUCCAGAUUCUAUUCCAGCCAAAACAAUGGAUUUGUUGGUUAAUGCAAUUGCCAUCAACAGUGCUUACACUACAAAGAUUCUGCCACCAGAAAAGGAAGGUGGUCUACCUCGUCAGGUUGGCAACAAGACAGAAUGUGGAUUGCUUGGAUUUCUUUUGGAUCUAAAGCAUGAUUAUCAGCCUGCUCGGAUUAAAAUGCCUGAAGAGAAACUCUACAAAGUUUACACAUUUAACUCUGUGAGAAAGUCAAUGAGCACUGUCGUUAAAAUGCCAGAUGACAGCUUCCGAAUGUAUAGCAAAGGGGCUUCUGAAAUUGUCCUAAAGAAAUGUUCUAAGAUUCUUAAUGCUGCAGGUGAGGCUCGCAUUUUUAGACCUCGUGAUAGAGAUGAGAUGGUUAAGAAAGUGAUUGAGCCCAUGGCCUGUGAUGGAUUGAGAACCAUCUGUGUUGGUUUUCGAGACUUUCCCAACGAUCCUGAACCAGAUUGGGACAAUGAAAAUGAUAUUUUAACUGAUCUUACCUGCAUUUGUGUGGUUGGCAUAGAAGAUCCUGUAAGAGCAGAGGUCCCAGAAGCCAUAAGAAAGUGCCAGCGAGCUGGAAUUACAGUCCGCAUGGUUACAGGAGAUAACAUCAAUACAGCUCGUGCCAUUGCCAUAAAAUGUGGAAUUAUUCACCCUGGUGAAGAUUUCCUCUGUAUUGAAGGAAAGGAUUUUAAUCGAAGGAUUCGGAAUGAGAAGGGAGAUAUAGAGCAGGAACGCAUUGAUAAGAUAUGGCCAAAACUUCGUGUCCUUGCUCGUUCAUCACCCACAGAUAAACAUACCUUGGUAAAAGGUAUCAUUGACAGCACGCAAGUGGAGCAGAGGCAGGUUGUAGCAGUGACUGGCGAUGGAACUAAUGAUGGACCAGCUCUUAAAAAAGCUGAUGUUGGCUUUGCAAUGGGUAUUGCAGGAACAGAUGUGGCAAAAGAAGCUUCUGAUAUUAUCCUCACAGAUGAUAACUUCAGUAGCAUUGUGAAAGCUGUAAUGUGGGGCCGUAAUGUUUAUGACAGUAUCUCUAAGUUCCUGCAGUUCCAGCUUACCGUAAAUGUGGUGGCUGUGAUCGUGGCUUUCACUGGUGCUUGCAUUACCCAGGAUUCUCCUCUGAAAGCCGUACAGAUGCUAUGGGUCAAUUUGAUUAUGGACACUUUUGCUUCUCUUGCUCUGGCUACGGAACCUCCCACAGAAUCUCUUCUGCUAAGAAAACCAUAUGGUAGAAACAAAGCCCUUAUUUCUCGUACCAUGAUGAAAAAUAUUCUGGGCCACGCUGUGUAUCAACUCAUUCUAAUUUUUACCCUCCUUUUUGUUGGUGAGAAAAUGUUCAAGAUCGAUAGUGGCAGAAAUGCACCACUCCACUCUCCACCUUCUGAGCACUACACCAUCAUCUUCAAUACUUUUGUCAUGAUGCAGCUAUUUAAUGAAAUCAAUGCACGCAAAAUCCACGGUGAAAGGAAUGUUUUUGAUGGCAUCUUUAGAAACCCUAUAUUUUGCACUAUUGUAUUGGGUACAUUUGCUGUACAGAUAGUAAUUGUACAAUUUGGUGGAAAACCUUUCAGUUGUUCUCCUUUGGAACUUGACCAGUGGAUGUGGUGUGUAUUUAUUGGAUUAGGUGAACUUGUAUGGGGGCAGGUCAUUGCAAGCAUCCCAGCCAGUAGGUUAAAAUUUCUAAAGGAAGCAGGGGGGCUUACAUUAAAAGAAGAAGUACCCGAAGAGGAGAUGAGUGAAGAUGUAGAAGAGAUUGAUCAUGCAGAGAGGGAACUUCGCCGCGGGCAAAUCCUCUGGUUCAGAGGGCUUAAUAGAAUCCAAACUCAGAUCCGCGUCGUGAAGGCAUUCCGUAGCUCCCUCUAUGAAGGUUUGGAAAAACCGGAAUCUAGAACCUCCAUUCACAACUUUAUGACUCAUCCUGAAUUUAGGAUAGAAGAUUCCCAGCCCCAUAUUCCUCUCAUUGAUGACACAGAACUAGAAGAAGACUCUGUCCUCAAGCAAAAGCCGAGUCCCCCAUCUUCGCUGAACAAGAACAAUAGUGCUAUUGACAGUGGGAUAAACCUUACAACUGACACAAGCAAAUCAGCUACCUCUUCUAGUCCAGGAAGCCCAAUUCAUAGCCUGGAAACAUCACUUUAGCUGAAAAGUCACUGCAAAAAUAUAAAUAUAAAUAAUAAUAAUAUAUAACAGAGACAAAUAAGUAUAAACAAUGCUGGCUGAGAAGCUGUUUGAAUUCCUGAUCACUUUGAAGAAACAGAUAAAUGAAUGCAUCAUUAGUCACAGUGAUUUUUGGAAGAAUGAAUGGUUGAUUGAUAUAUUCCCCCUUUUGUCUCCUGCAGAAACAAACAAAAACAGUACAAACGCUAUCCUGCAUGAAUGUAUUCCCCACUUCAACCCCACCUCCUUUUCGAUUCCUUGAACAGAAAAAGGAGGAGACUUAUUUGGAGCUAUUUAUCCAAUUCACCAGUUUGUGAGUUUUUUAAAUGCUUGUGUGGCAUGGACUCAGUUGUAUAGAUUAAUUUAAAUAUUAUUUUUUGAAAUUGCAAAGCUUAACUUGCACAGUAGAUUUGCACCAGUUGGCCAGAGGAACCUAAAAUGAACAUUUAUGAAAAUAUAUAUAGAAAUAUAUAAAUAAUAUAUUAUAACUAUAUAUAUAUAUAUAUAUCCAUAUCUAAGCUUACACACAUAUACAUAUAUUCAUAUAUACUAUAUGUGCAUGUGUGUGCACAAGUAUGUAUGUAUAUGUGUGUGUGUGAAAUAUAUAUAUAUACACACACACAUGCACACAUUUCUUUGUUGGCAUGUUGCCUUUUUUCUGCUCAAAUCAUUCUAUUUUAACUUAUUUAUGUCCUAAAAAUAAAGAAUGUAAUUUGUUUACAGAACUGUAGAUAAUUUCCUUAACGUUUGUAGGUUUAAGACAGCACUACCUGCCGAGAUCAUUUACAAUUUGCUGUGAUCUGAUUUUUGCCUGACAGGAUUGGUGAGGAUUUGGGGAUGGGUGGGAAGUGGGAUGGGGGUUAUGUAGAUACUGCUAGCAAAUAACAAAGAAGCCAAAAUAUUACAAACUGGAUGUAGCGCUGUGACCCCAAAUAGAGGGUUCUGAACAGAAAGGCUUCCUUUGUUUUAAAAGAAAUUUAAAUAAUCAGGUUUUUUGCUCUCUCUCUCGCUCUCUCUCUCUCUCUCUCUCUCUCUCUCUCUCUCUCUCUCUCUCUCUCUCUUAAUGAAUUGUUUCAUUUCAUCUUUAUGCAAUACUCAAUAAUGAGGCCAUUUCUUUAUUUAAAUGUAUUGCGACGGCUUCUUAAAAAUAUAUUUUUUAAAACGACAUUAUAAUAAAGUUCACUGGAGUUUCUGAAAAACUCAAUCCAUUAAAAAAUAAGUUAUAUUUAGCUUUGUAUGAAGGUCAGACUGAUAUUGGAAUACUGUGUGAUGAUUCUGUUUUAUUAAAAAUGUAGACAUUCAUUUCUUGCAAAGUAUGGGCUGUUGGCAUUUUGGAUGAGAACCACUGUGGUUUGUUGCUUCGAUAUUAAAAAAAAGAGAAAAUAUAUAGUUUUCUGCACUAUGUAGUUCUGAAUGAAACUUUAUGAAAUGUAUACUAAUGUGCUUUGUGUGAUUAUUUUAAAAAUAGUUUGUCUUCCCAUAGUCACAAACGUAUAUACGGUAGUAGAAAUUAACCAACUUUGAUAUCAUAUUGUGCUUUCUACAGGGAAAGCCCUUAAUCACAUCUGCUAUGUGGUUAGGUUUUUUUUUUUUCAAGAUGGUAACAGCCCUGAAAAUAUAGACACUUCUACAAUUGUUAUGUCAACCAUUUGAAUGCAAAACUCUUUGUGGGUCACAAUUUUUUCAUAACUGACUUUUCUAUUUAGUACAAGGUUUGCUUGAAAACUUUUCAGCAUAUGAUCUUUUCCAUAAAACUGUAUAGUCCGGGAGACAUUUUGAUUAACACAACAAUACUAGAAGAGUGGGCAAAAGACCAUUUUAUUUAGCUUAUCAACUUACUAGUAGUGAUAUUGCCUGCUGUUUUGAAGUUGUUUGAUGAAACGGAUCAACUCUGUAAUCAGAAGAACCAUUGCAAGCCAGAAACACUUCUGUCAAGAUAAAGUUCCUGGCCAAAUGUCAGCUUGAAAUGAAUAAUAAUCCAAGGCAUGCUCAUGACUAUUCAGCCAGGAAAGUGCUAAUCAACUUGAAUUGCCAGCUUCUGGACUUUUCUAAUAUGGUUUUAAUGUAUUUUGACAAUACACUCUUUGUUUUGAUCCAAAUGUCUGACAGAACAGCAAAUGUUUCUAGAUUUGUGCAGCCCUCUUCUCCACAGUGUUACCCAUUUCUUAACUCUCGCAGCUGCAGGAAAGACCAGCUGAUCACUUUAUUCUUACAAUCAAACUGAAAGUUUAUCAGGGUUUAACCUUGGAUUGUAAAUAACAGUGACUAACUUUUGUGUAAAACUGAGAUUCUAUAUUCUACAUGGAAUACCACAUUUGAGAAUAUAAAGUCUAUAUACAGGGAAAAGCAUGUCGAUUUGAACUCAAAUAACUACAGAAUUAUUGCUAUUGGAAUACAUUCUGUUUUCAACAUCUUAAUGAUUUACCUUUUAUUUCAAGAUUGGCUUUUUUCCCCUUGUAUUUUUUCUUUAAGAUUUCACUAUGUGUGUGUGUGUGUGUGUUGUAAUAUUGUUUCCUAAAUAACUAGAAAGUACCAUUUGCUGACUUGAAAAACUGUUCAAAAGAAACCAGCACUCAAUUCUGUACAUACCUGGUUUUAAAAGAAAGAAAAAGAAGAUUAUAUAUCAAUGUGAUGCAUAGGAUUCUCUCAAGAACAACAAAAAAACUGUUUGUGCUUAUGUACACAUGAAAGAGCCUUUUUCAAGAAAACAGCAGAAAUGGAUGAGUUCAAAGAACCUUUUUGAUUACCAGAUGUGCAUCAUGUGCUUUUCUAUUUGUGACAGGAGGAUGAUAUGAAAAACUAAGAUGAUCUAUAUGUUGAAAUUCACUGCAAUAUAUAAAAUGCUUGCUCUCUAUUGUACCUGAAAGCAUGAGAUCUCUGGAAAAAAAAAUACAGCAGUACAUUUGGCAAUCCAUCCCACUAGGGGUUAUUGUUUCUAUAUGUUUAUUCAUCUGUUUUUAUGAAUUUUUUAAAUCUAGACAAUAAUUGUAAAUAAAGAGCUCACUGUUUCUGUUCAUUUAAUACUA